AUGGAUGAGCAACAACAGAAGGAGUUCAUUUCUGAACACAUGGAUAGUGAUUUGCAAUUUGUCUUGUCAGACAAUGGAGUGUCACUUGGAGCCCAAGUUGCUGUGGCAAGGCGUUAUGGUACUCUGAGAAAAUUCAGGGCACUUGGUGACUCAAGAGCUGAGAUCAGACAGGCCUGUUUACAGGACUUUGCUAUCCCCCAGGAUAACCCCGCUGACCGUGCAGAAACAGCAGCGAUUGUCUCUUCUUGGGAGGUUGCCCAGGAGUUCAUUGCCAAAGAGACAGAAAUCCGUGCAGAAGCGAAGGUCUUAGGACAGCCUCGCACUUUGCAGGUGCAUGAAAGGCAGGCAAUGGUCAAAGCAGUUGAAGCUGUUUACGGAGUUUUGCAGGAAUCAGAAACCCCUUCAGUGGAGUAUCUCUCAGUGAAGGCUGAAGAGACUGAAACGAAUGAACCAGUUGCGGCAUCAUUGGAUGAGGUUUCUUCCAGGAAAGAUAGCACUACUUCUCAGAUGCAGACUGGCCUUGACAGCACAGGUCAUAUCAGGAUCACCAAGACCAAGGUCAAAUCCAAGCUUCCUUCGAAUACGGAGGAGUACAGGAGAGCAAUGCGUGUUGAAAUGUAUGCAUGGCUCUGCAUGGCAGCCCGCUACAAGGCGAAAGCUUGGCUUCACGGCCUCACUGCGGCUCCUUUCAACAGAUUUGUCGACUUCAUUUUGGGGGAAAAGGUUUACAACAUUCAGGUCCCCUCUUUGGUGGGCGAUGGUCAGACACGUGUCAAACCUGACUGGGGUAUCAUCUUGAAUUUCGAGCACCGCUUGAGGAAAGAAGCUUUCAAGUUGGUUGUGAGGGAUGGUGCAACGUUGGCCGAUGCAUUGAAUCAGGUCAUACAUGAUGCGGAGUUGAAGGAGACGUAUUUCACAACACCGGUGGCAUUGAGAGCAGCCAUGUCAGCUCAGGCUGAUCCACCUCAGCAGAAGUGGCAGAGGAAGCUCGAAGCUGAAGGGCGCAUUGAAUUACAGUUGCAUGAGAUUGACAUCGAGCGUUCCCAGGAGCACGACCUGCGAAAGCAGGAGUUGUGGGACAAUGUGCAUGAACUUCUGAGGUUUCAAUGGAAGAAGUACCCAGGGCCAAGGCCGUUGCGAAACCGCACAUGGCCGAAAGGGUUCCCAUGGCUGUCAAAUGAGAAUGGAAAAAUUGUUGCCGAAGCGAAUGAGUUCAUUUUUCGAUGUUUGGAUGCAUGUACAAUUGCGGUACAAUUUGAAGGUUGGUAUUUUUGGGAACACCCAGAAGAUCUUGGCCUGGUACAGGAUGAAGUGCCAGGUUCCAUUUGGCAGUGGACGGAGGUGCAUGAGUUGUUGGCCAUGUCUGCAGGUAUAACUUUUGCCAUCCACCAAUGUCACUUUGGCGCUCUUACACCCAAGCCAACGAGACUCAUGUGCAAUGUGAAGAUUUCUGACAAACGUUGUUUCUUUGGAAUGCCGAAGUUUGACAGCAGGUUCAAAUACUUGGGUCCACUGCCGGUCGCAUGUGGACACACACAUGUUCACAAGUUGAUGGGAAAGACUGCAAAUCGGUGGAACACCUCACCCAGUGCGUCAUAUCCUGACGGCCUUUGCAAAUUUAUUGUUGAGAUCAUCCUUGUUGCGCAUGCAACCUCCGGGAGGGGGUGCAAGGAUGCUCCCAACUUGAAUGCUUCACAGGUUCCCAACUUGAAUGGGCUCCCUGCUGGUAGCAGGGACCCCUCUUCACAGGUUUCAACUGGUCCAAAGGACGUGCAGCGUGGUAACUUGAAUGGGCUCCCUGCUGGUAGCAAGGACCCCUCUCCACAGGUUUCAACUGGUCAGAGGGAUGUGCAGCGUUGUGCCCAAGAGGUGGUUCAGGUUGAUUCUGGUUCAGAGGCUGAAGCACCAGAUACAACUACAGCGGAGGACCGAGGAGGAGAGUCAACAGCGUUCAGAUUGGCAACAGGCAAGUUGGUUGAGUCACCCUUUUCACGGGAAACGCUGGAGAACCUCAGAAAGCAAUGGGCAGGGUUGCUGCCUGACCCAGUGUCAGCUUUGGUGGUUGCUGAGGGACAACCGUUUCUGCUACAUGGUUUGGCACAGUGGCUUGAGAUUUUUGAGGAUCCGGAUGUGGACUCCUUAGUGAAUGUGGAGGACAGUUUCUCUACAGGUGUCCCGGUGGGAGUACUGGAGCCAUUGCCGAGGACUCCACAGGUUUUCCCACCUAAGUUGAAACACAAGAAGCUUGAUGAAUCUGAGUUCAAUCCAUUGGCUGUCAAUUACCCUUCUGCACGUGUAUCAGUUGCUGACCUUGAGAAAAAGUUUCUGGAAGAGGAAGCGUUGGGCAGGAUGUUUCCUAUAAGGCUGCCUGUGGCGCAGGAGAAGUUUGGUGCAGACAAGGUCAGGGUUGCGGCGAUGGCUGCGAUUACAAAACCAGACGGUUCAGUCCGUCCUCUUCACGAUGGGACACACUCAGUUCAGGUCAAUAAUGCAAUUGUGUACAAGGACCAGAUUCAAUGUCCUGGUCCCCCAGAAGUUGCGGCUGCGGUCAGGGAAGCGCUUGAGUCACGUGAGGCUCCUUUUGCAAUUUCAGCUGAUAUCAAAGCAGCUCAUAGGCUGGUGAAGAUACGUCCCUCAGAUUGGGGGUUUCUUGCGUGCAGGGCGGAUUCAGAUUCACAGACUGUCUGGAUUAACAAGUGCGGCACUUUUGGCAUUUCAAGCGCACCUUACUGGUGGGCAAAGCUGUUCUCACUGGUCGGUCGAUUUGUGGGCCACUUGAUGUCAACAACCUGGUUUUUACACAUGGUCUACGUGGAUGACCUCCACGGUGCUUUUACAGGCUUGAGGAAAUUUCACAACAUGUGGGUCUGGAUCUUAGCUUUUGAACUGAUUGGUACACCUUUUGGAUACCACAAAUUUCGUGGUGGCUUUUCAGUGGAGUUUGUUGGCUUUCAGAUGAAAUACGACACAAAGGAGGUCGGUGUGACUAUCAGGCGUGGUGACUGGUUGAGAGAUUGGAUUCUGGCCGCCGCAGACAAGCGGUAUGUGGUGGUCACCCGUGACUUUGCGGAGUUCUUGGGGAGGCUUGGGUUUGUGUCACAGUUGCUGGUGUGGAUGAAACCCCACCUCUCGCCACUAUAUGCAUGGUCAGCAGCUACUGGUUCGAGCACGGUGGCCAAACUGCCUGACACCGUCAUCCUCACGCUCAAGUACAUUCUGGCAGAACUCCAGAUGGAGCAACGAGUUCCUCUCUUGGAAGCGCACGACGACAAGGUGGCCAUUAAUGCUGGUGAACCUCCAGCUCUCUUCACUCUUGGCACGGGGGCGUUUGUGUCUCAGGUUGCGUUGGCGCCCAAGAGAGCUCAACACAGUGGCUGA